AUGCUCCACUGGCUGGUUGGGUUGAACCAAAAGGGGUAUGUUGGGAUUAUUAAGGAGCAUGUUAAAGGCAUUUUAAGUGCACUUAACGAGGAUGUCUCACAGCCUCCAGAUGCCCUCGAGGUCACUGGGCAUCCCACCAAUCUGACCGCUGCCCAUGUCACCGCCAAACUGACCGAGGCAUGCCACUACGCUGCCAACGUUCUCCACAGGAUCAAGCACAAAGAUAUUUCGCAAGCUACUUCAAUUCCCGAUUUCAGUUCAGAAUAUUCCAAGCUUUGUUAUUCCAUCGACCCCGCCUGCCUCCUCUGCCAGCUGCGGGACUGCGUCUACGCCUGCUACCACCAGUUGACGUUCCUCAAAGUGCAGUGUAAUCGGGAGCAGUCACAUGGUGGUUGGAAGGAUUGUCAAUAUGGCAAUAAUGUCCCCAAGUCCCCCCUCCAGGACUUCCUGACUGACGGCCCCGACUCCAAGUUCGAGACACAUCCCUUCGACCCGCGCAACAUCUGCCGCAAGACCCGUGUCAAGAUGGGAUUCAAGGAUGAGGAUUUGCCUGCAUCUCACGAAACUGGCAAGCAUAUUUCCACCAUCCUCUCUCCCAGCUGCGGCGGCGACGAUCCCCUGCUGACACUGUCCUCUUACCUCAACUGCCUCACCAGGCGGACGCCGCGCACCACCGGGGAGCUUGUCUCGUUCUUCCACAAUUUCGGGAAUUCACUCUACAAGCCUCCUUCAGGAUUGUCCAAGCUGGGCUCCGCCCUCUCCAGUCAGCAUGACCACUGCCCCGACUGGGACCGUCUCAAGGACGCCGACUUCAAUGCCGUCAAGGGCGUACGGGGCUCCGCCACUCCCAACUCCAUCCACGACAAGGACCAUCCCAAUACCCUGUCGUCUCUUCUUGGCUGCGGCAUCGAUAAUGCCAACUGCCCACAGCAUAUGAAGCCCAUCACCCACCGGGCCUACGCCCUCUACUCCAAGGCCUUCACCCACCACUACCUCGGCUGGACGGCCUACCUGGCAGACAGACUGUGGGAGUCACUGGAAAAGCUGCACUAUGAUCUCGAGAAGCUUCAAUGUCAUGACUCCAAGGCCAAGCCCCUACACCAGUGUGACAAGGCCCUGCCCCUCCUCUACCGUCAUGGCAUCUCCCCGCCAGAGGGCACAUCAAAGCCGUCACUCACGUGCUCGGACGUCGUCACCAAGUUGGAAGAAGUGGUCAACGGUGCACCUAUCGCAGACCUCAUGACUGCCAUGGACAAUUUCCUCUACUGUAUUCGUGCCCCCUUCCUCUUCGUCAUCAUCGCACUCUGGCUCACCGCCGCGCUCUACAUCGCCCACUCCCUCCUCUACCGCAUGGACGUCCUCCGCAUCCGCUCGCACCUACUCACCACCAGGGCCUCACACCUCAUCGACGUCGAGGCACUGCUCGCCGGCAGCAGGAGAAUGCUCUCACUCUACAAGGACGUCGACUACUUCGACGACGACUUUCACUCAUGA